AUGGUAAAUCAUCAACCAACAGAAAUAUCCUCUUCUUUACCCACAACUUCAAAAGAAAAUUUAAAUAAUUCAAAACAUGAUUGUAAAAAUUGUUGUCCACAUUGUGAGCUUUUUUGUAGUGAAAUGAGGCAAUCAAUGACUAGAUUAGACAAUAAAUUGGAUAGAUUGUCUGAGCAGUUGGCACAAAUCGUGGGUGUUGUUGUUGGGUUUCAUUCAACUGAUAAUAGCAAUGGUCUGUCCAACAUUUUGGAAGUAAACAAUUUACAAAACGGAAAUUCUUCUUGUUCAUUUGCACCUUCACAACAACAAAAAGUUUCAUCAACAAAAGAAUCAAAUCAACAACAAACAGAAAAUUGUAAUUCUUUGAGUCAAGCAAUAAUUAAUUCAAGUAGUCGUUCAACAUCUCCACAAUCAAUAAUUGAUGAAAGAGAGGAGGGAGGGGGAAGUGGAGGAGGAAAUGGAGGAAAUUUAAAAAUAAAUGGAAAUUUAAAUAUUGGAAGUCGAAAACGAAAAAGAGAUGUUAGUCGGAAACAAUCAACAACAACAAUUAAAAAAGGAAUGGCAACAAUGCAAUUACCAGCAGAAUUAAUUGGAAUAUUGCCGCAACAACCUUCAGCUACUGAAGAGCAAAUUAAUUCAUUCCAAUUUUCUUCCUCUUCUGAUCAUCUUCAAAACAUUUCAUCAACAGAUUUACUUAAUUCAAAAAGUACAACAGACGAAUUAUUAGCCCAUUUACUUUCUAUGAGUACUACAACCACAAACAUUCCUCAAAGCAAUCCUUCAUCUCCAAGUAUAACAACAACAACAAUUCCUACCCAACCUCCUCCUCAUCCCCUUCAACCACCAACAUCUUUAUAUCAAAUACUUUUUCAAACAAAAGAAGAAAAUUUUGAAGAGAAUCAAAUAAAUAAUUUUGAAAAUUUGGAGGAAGAGAAUAAUGCUGUUGAAGGUUCUCCUCAACAACAGACUGAAGAAAAUUGUUCUUUAGAAAAUCCCCAAACUUCAAAUUUGUUGGCUGGACUUUUUGGAAAUGGAGGAAAUAUUGAAGAUUUUGGAGGACUUGUGGUAAAAAGUGAAAUAACUGAUAAUGAAAAUAGUGAAUAUACUAAUAAUAUUUUGGCUGAUGCAAGUAGUGGAUCUCCACAGAUUGAAAAUCAGCUUGAAAAUGGUGCCAAUUCAACGUCAACAACAACAUCAGUAUCUCGUUGUAAUAAUUGUUUUACAACAAAAACAACAGCUUGGCGUCGUGAUGCUACUGGAAGUUUAGUUUGUAAUGCAUGUGGACUUUAUUUUAGAUUACACAGAGUAUCUUUUUAA